ACGUCACAAAUGUCAAAGCACAUUCGAAUUUCAAAAAUCAAAACACUUAACCGAAGUUUGUCCGAUACAAAAGAACUACUAGGUACUGUGUUUCGAGAUUAACAAACAAAAUGAGUUUAGUAAGUGCUGUGCUACAAGAAGUUAAUUCUACUAAAAUGAAGGAUUUUAAGAAAUAUAGCGACGAAUUAACGCCGAGGCUCAAAGACCUCAUCGAACGUGUUGAAAUAUUAUCAUGGACAUUGCAGCAACAUUUCAUCGACUCUUACCUCAACUACACUACAACGAAAAGCCUGGAGCAAUUGAAUUAUAAGAAUAGAAAAGGAAACAUCGUCAAUGACUACGCCACCAUCACCGAAGAAAUAAAAUCUUUGCGUGAAAAGUUCAACAUAACUGAUGAAGAGUUUAAUGAACGUUGUGAAAAAUUGGACACAUCUAUGGACGUUUUGAAUGAAUUUUGUGUUGCAGCCGAAGGUAAGCGCGUCUUACAGGUAGCCAACCAUGAAUUUAGGAGGCACAAUUACUGUGAAGCUAUGUUAGCCAUUAAAAAGCUUCAAGAUCAGAUCCAGCUGUUAAAUUUUAAAGGUGACGCAGCUAAAGCUUUGUUAAACUUGGUAGCGCAAGCUGAAAAUCAAUUGUCAUUGUAUACUGCUCAAUUGAGUGUGGAAUGGGAAGAUCUAUUCUCAUGGUCAGAGGUCCCUAGUCUCCAUUUCCUCACUUACUCAUUGUCUGUGCAACAGAGUGAUCCCAUUAUGCUACAGAAAGUUCUCAGAACUUUAUAUGUAACUAAAAGAUUAAAUGCAGAGUUAGGUCAGUUCUCCCAUUUCUUCAUAGAUCGGCUUGUACACAAUGUGAUAAGGCAUAACUGUGAGAUAUUUACUGAAGACCACAUAGGUGCUGUUUUCUUCAAUAUUAAAAUAGAUUUGGCUAACAAGGCUAAACCUAACUAUCAGACAGUAUUCAUUAACCUAACAGCUAUCUUUGAGUUUCUGCAGUCUACUCUGGGCUCUCAGUUGGAAGGCGACCAAAACUUCAUUGAAAAUUUUGCUAAUUCUAUUAGACAAAAAUUCUUUAAUAAAAUAAUUGAUGAUUGUAUCAGGAACAACUUGCCAUCCUGUAACAGUACUUACGAGAACUACACCAACCUUGUAGUGGAAUUAGAUGCCUUCAACAAGUUCCUCAUAGAGUCCAGAUUUGUUGAAGCGUCAAAAUCCCCGCUGAACAAGUAUAUUGACGAUACGGAAUGUGUCCUCUACAAUAAAAAAUGUGACAAGCUACUGAAUGACAUCCGGAGUUUGUUAAGUCAAAGUCUGUCAUACGGAACCGAGGUGGUCGGAACAGAGAUUGUAAAUGAAAAUGAGUCCAUAUUAGAAGUAACGGAAAAGACCGAGUAUGCAUGGGAUUUGAACAAGCCGGUGUUCUUACCUAAAUGUGUAAUAUCACAAAAUGUGAAAAGGAUUUUGAGGAUGAUUUUGGAGCAUUUAGAAGAGAGCAUAAAAUUGCCAGAGAAAUAUAGCACUCAGUUGGUGUCAUACAUCAAAGAUAUAACAGGGAUGUAUCAAAACAUUGUGCCUAAGAGGUUUAAGAUCAAUUUGGAGUGCUGCCCUCUAGACAUAGCUCUAUUCUUCAACAACUGCUUCUACCUGGCUCACGGGCUCCUAGGCCCCCCCUGGCGCACCAGCUUGCCCGGCCCGCUGGCUGAUCACUUAACCACAACCAUGCUGGUCUGCAUCCAGGACCUGAGGGUGCUCGGCAUGGAGAAGAUAUCCCUAUAUCUGCAGAAACAGAAGAAUGUGAUUACUCAGAACAUCGAGCCUAGUGAACCCGCACCCUGGUCUAAAAUCAGCUAUGAGCAGUUCGACACAGCAGUCAACAACACUAUAAUCAUGAUGAAGGAUCUUAAAUGCAGCUGGCACCACAUCCUACCCACUCGGAUGUAUGAGUUGGCCAUGUGUACUCUAGUACAGGCAUUCUGCCAGUCCGUUCUUCAGAGGAUCUUCGCUGACAGCAGGCCUGUUCAGGAGGACUUAGUUUAUAUGUUGGCGGUGAGGCUGCAGGACUCGGUUGAAGAUAUAACUACGCUUUUUGAGGAGCCGAUCGAACUUGACAAGAAAAUCAACGUUUGGACGAAGUUCACCAAAAUGCCUCAACUCCUCAAAGCCCAGCUACUAGAAACCGCAGACGGAUGGAAAAACAAUAAAGAACUGGCCCAGAGUUACUCUUGUGAGGAGGUCCGCCAGAUUGUCAAGAUGAGGUUCCCGGACGACAAGUAUAGGCUUAACAUGUUGAAGGAAAUACAGGUGCCGCCAGCAGCGGGGCCAGGCCCAUUGCCCAAGCUGCCGGUGCCCGGUGCAGAGAAAGUUCACGUCCCGACACUCAGCCACCCAUCACCGACGCUAUAUAAGAGACGACGCUUCCUCGCGCCCAUCAUUACGUAUCGUGCAAUACUGCGACCGACCGCGUGCUGCACAAUGCAACACUUAUCGACGGCAUUCCUGAUCAUAGCGUUAGUGAUCGUCGUCAAUCAAGGUGGCGCGACGGCACAAGAUGAUGACAUCAUCACGGCAGACCAGAUCGCCGAGGAGGCCAAGAACCGAGCGGUCACUAUAAUCGACGGCCCCAAGUACGUAGAACCCCUCAAACAACCAACCAACCCACCGGCGAACCAGACGCAGCCCGAGCAGCGACCGCCUAGCAAACCGCCUCAUCCGGCGCCGGAUAAAAAUAAACAGAACUUCGUGGAACCGCCGCUCAGAUCAUUUCAUCCCAUCCGGCCGAACGCUCCGCCCCCGCGACAUGUGUAUCAAAAACCCUUGAACAUCAGACACACCAACUCCUUGUACAGAGUCAUUCCUCACCACAGAAACUACCACUAUCCCAAGCAUUCCACCCGCCAACCGCUCGUCUUCGCGGCCUCCACCGGCAGACCCGUUCGCGUUCCGCUACAACCUCCCAAGUUCAGUGUACCCAUCGAAACCAUCAACGGCAUACGCGCCGGCGAAGUAAGGCCACCGAAGGGCUACGAGCGAAACACCACGACAACUACCACCACAACCACGACCACAACGACCACCCAGAAACCUUUGAGGAACAAAAGAAUCUGGCCCAAAAACUACGAGAAAAAGAACUACAUAUUCCACACCAAAACAGCAGGCAUUGCAGGCAACUUCACAACAAAAAAGGAGAAUUUGAAUAGCACAAGCACUAACAGCACAGACCUAGAGAUUGCAUCUGCGACUCACUACCGCUUUCGAUACAUCACCACAAACAGAACGGCACAUUCGACGACGACGAGCGCCCCGCUCACAAUCACGCGCGGCUACCGCCGGUUCACCAGGGUGCCCAACCACGCUUCCACCACCGCUGCCUAUGACACUAACUACACCAGAAUCCAGCCUAACGAUUGGGUGCCCAUAAUACCUUCGCAUUACCCUAACAACAAACCCAAAUACCCUAAUAACAAAAAGCGCCGGCCCAUACCAAAAUUGAUAUCCAGGCGAUCCGAUACCGGCGACAUCGAAUUUACAAGUCCCGAGGAAAACCCCGAUAUCAAUGAGAUCAGACCUGAUGACACCAAUAAGCGCACAGUUUACCUUCAACCCUUCGGGCUUGUUCCGGUACCGGCGCAGGGUCACGGACUGGUUAACGGGAGGAAAAAGAUGGUAAUCUUCCGCAAGCGGAAGCGGCCAAUGAACAUGCAUGUCUUUCCUGGUUACAGCCCCAAUCCCGGCGUGCAACCGCACGCCCCGCACGCUCUGGGGGACCACCCUGACGCCAGCCACCAGCCGCGCUUCGUGACGAGGAUCAAGCACCACCAUCACCACCACCACCACAGGUACAUCAAAACCGUCGAAAAACCCAUCAAGGUCCCGUAUAAAGUCGAAGUGCCCAAACCUUACCCGGUCACAGUAGAGAAGAAAGUGCCCGUAGCCGUAGAAAAGAUCAAAUUUGUGGAUAGGCCUAUGCCGUAUCCGGUGCAAGUGGAGAAGAGAGUCCCCUACCCGGUUCAAGUGCAAGUGCCCCAUCCGGUUCCAUACAAAGUGAUCGAAAAGGAGUACGUUCCGAAACCGUAUCCGGUAUAUCAUGAAGUCCCAGUGGUAAAACAAGUAGAAAAAAGGGUGCCCUACGCAGUACAAGUACAGGUACCAGUGCCAGUCUACCGUCCAUACCCGGUGAACGUGACUGUCGAAAAGAGAGUGCCGUACCCAGUGGCGGUAAGAGUGCUCGUGCCUCAACCGUACCCCGUUGAAACUCGAGUCCCCUACCCAGUAGAAGUAAAAGUAAGGGAACCAGUUGAGGUAGUGAAGCACGUGCCGGUCAAAGUGCCGUUCCCGCAACCGUACCCGGUUAAAGUGCCGGUCGCCGUGCCGGUGGAGAAGAGAGUUCCCUAUCCCGUGGAAGUCGAGAAAAAGGUGCCGGUGCCUUAUAAAGUUAUAGUGCCUCAGAAGGUCGAAGUGGAGAAAAAGGUGCCCGUGUACGUGCCGCGGCCUUACCCGGUGGAGAAUAAACCAGUUAAAGUGUCUUAUCCCGUCGAGGCGCAGGUGUAUAACCAGAACCAGAACCAGAACCAGAAUACGUACAUGAGCCAGCUGAGCCAGCCGUUCCAUUACAACUACAUCUCGGACAUCGGGUCGUAUACGUCCUACAGCCCAUCGAUCACUAGCAACGACGUGACGAGCACGCCGCACCACAUGGUGACGGUCCACGGGAACACCGGGUUCGCGGGAUUCCAGUCGCGUUCAGACAAGACUGAAACGACGUCAGCAGAGAGUUCCGAGUCCACGGAGACCACCGGCGUUACCACCAUGACGACCAAACAGGCAGACGUGACGAGUGUUACAAGUGCAACUACCCAUGCCACGACGCAAGCUAGUUUGUAGUAACAGAUUUGUAGU